AUGCCUCGAGGUCAGAAGAGUAAGGUCCGAGCUCGUGAGAAACGCCACCGGCUUCGUCAGGCUGGAGAAGCAUCAGCACCCAACCCUCCAGUGGAUGCUCAGGCCACUGGAGGAGCAGAAGGAGGGGCACCUUCUCCUGCCGCUGCUGGUCCCAGGAUUACACCCCAGAGCUCAGCUGCUUCUGGGAGUACCAGAAAUCCCCAGGGGCCUGAGAGAGCCACCACUGCUGCUGCAGCUGCUUCACAAAGUGGCAACAACCCGAGAGAGGGAAGGCCAAGAUCCUCGCAGAAUCCAUCUGCCACUGAGUCCAGGUCAAGAAACGCCGUGAGUGAGAGGGUGGUUGUGUUGGUGCAUUACCUGCUGUAUAAGUAUCAUUUGAAAGAGCCCAUUACGAAGCAAGAAAUGCUGAGAAAUAUAAUCCAGCCGCACAAGAGCUUCUACCAUGAGAUCGUGAAUAAGGCUGCAGAGCACCUGGAGCUGGUCUUUGGCCUUGACCUGAAGGAAUUGGAUCCCAACAAGCACAUCUACGUCCUCAUCAACAAGCUGGAACCAGGCUGCGAUGCAAGGGUGAGUGACGACAGACGUAUACCUCUGACCGGCCUGCUGAUGACUGUCCUGGGUGUGAUCUUCACAAAGGGCAAUUGUGCCACUGAAACGCAAGUCUGGAAAACAUUGAAUGUAAUGGGGUUAUAUGCGGGGAGGAAGCAUUUUAUUUUUGGAGAGCCCAGGAAAAUCCUCACCAGGGAUUUGGUGAGGGAAAAUUACCUGGAGUACCGGCAGGUGCCCAACACUAUUCCUCCACGCUAUGUGUUCCUGUGGGGUCCGCGAGCCUAUGCUGAAACCAGCAAGAUGAAAGUCCUUGAGUUUUUAGCCAAGGUCCAUAGGGCUUCCCCUAGUGAUUUCCCAGCCUGGUAUGAAGAGGCUAUGAAAGAGCAGGAAGAGAGAGCACGAGCCAGAAGCGCAGCCAGGGCUCGAAUUGCAGCCAUGGCCCUUGCGCGUUCCGGGGCCAUAUCCAUUAGGUGCCCGCUUUGCCUGUUUUCCUGCCCACACUGCUUAACCAGAAUUAUCAUGCCGCGGGGGCACAAGAGUAAGGUCCGUGCCCGUGAGAAACGCCGCCAGACUCGGGGCGAUGCUCAGGGGGCUCAGGCCACCGCUGCUGAGGAAGAAAGGCCUUGCACUUCCUCCUCUCUUCUUUGUGAUAGCAAUGCCCAGGGUUCCUCUGCUGCUGGGUCACGUAGAAAAUCCAAGAGACCAGGCAGAGCCCCAUCCACCGCUACUACUUUUGCAGGUGCCAUGAGCCAAGAUGGGGAAAGACCAAGUACCUCCCAGGCACUACCCACAGAUGAUCUUUCAGACGGCACACCUCUAGAUAACAGGGCAAUUGUGUUGGUUCAGUUCUUGCUGCGCAAGUAUAAUUUGAAAGAGCCCAUAACAAAGGCAGACAUGCUGAAGUGUGUCACCAAAAAAUAUAAGAAGCAUUUUGAUGAGAUUCUCAAGAAGGCCUCUGACCUUAUGGUGCUGGCCUUUGGCAUAGAUGUGCAGGAAGUUGAUUCGAGCAGGCACCACUAUGCUCUCAUCAGCAAAUUGGGUCCUAGCUCUGAUGCAAGGCUAAGUGGUGAAGAGAUUAUGCCCAAGACUGGCUUCCUAAUGACUAUCUUGUGUGUGAUCUUCAUGAAGGGCAACCGUGCCUCUGAGGAUGAGAUCUGGGAAGUGCUUAAUGUAAUGGAGAUAUAUGAUGGAAGAAGGCAUUUUAUCUUUGGGGAUGCCAGGAAGCUCCUCACCCAAGAUUUAGUAAGGGAAGAGUACCUGGUGUAUCGGCGGGUGGCCAACAGUGAUCCUCCGCGCUUUGAAUUCCUGUGGGGUCCCAGAGCUCACGCAGAAACCAGUAAGAUGAAAGUCCUGGAGUUUUUGGCCAAGAUCCAUAACACAGUUCCCAGUGCCUUCCCAAUCUUGUAUGAAGAGGCUUUGAGGGAUGAGGAAGCGAGAACCCGAGCCAGAUUUGCAGCUAUGAUAAUCGCUAGUGCCCGAGUCGUUGCACUAUCCAGGGCCAAUUCCGGCAAUUUCUCCCAGCCCUAG